CACACUAGACAGUAUCAUCGAAGAAAACAAACAGUUUAGUUUCAUCAAACACUCUCUCUUCACUCACUCUCUCUCUCUCUCUCUCAUUUAUUUCUUCUCCCCAAGUUCUUGUCCUCUUCUUCUUCGUCCGUAACUCUAAUGGCUGAACCCCUUUGUGAAUCCUCCUUCGUCGGUGAUAUCGACACUUCGGCUCCAUUCGAGUCAGUGAGAGAAGCCGCCACUCGUUUUGGCGGAUUCGGUUUCUGGAAACCUUCUUCCCUUAGCAACAUCCUCGAACCUUCUCAGAACGAUGUGGACGAAGCUAACAUUGUGGCGAGUGAGUUAGAGAAGGAACUCAUCUCCAAAGAAGGAGAAGCUCUGAAAGUGCUGAAGUCUCUCGAGACGACCAAAGCCAUAGUCGAAGAGCUCAAAUCAAAGCUACACCGAAGAGAAGACAAAGAGAACUGCGACGUGAACGUUCUGAAAGAGCUAAACCAAGCCAAGACGAAUCUUUGCAAGACGACCGAAGAUCUCGCCGCUAUACGCGAGUCCGUCGAGUUACUAAACAAGAGACUUGAAGAGGAGCGAGCAGCGCUCGAGAAGACGCGAGAGAGGUUAAACUCCGCAGAGAUCUCAAAGGAGAUUGAGAGACUAAGUGAUGAUGCGUUGGAGUUUAGUAAAACAGGGGAGGAAGCGCGUUUUGCGGUUGAUAAAGCUGUGUGUGAGAUUGAACGGACGAGGAGCAAGAUCAAAGCCGCUGAGAUGCGUUUGGUCGCUGCUAGGAAGAUGAAGGAAGCUGCUAAAGCGGCUGAAGCGGUUGCAAUCGCUGAAAUCAAAGAUGUCACCAGGAGAAGAAGAAGAACAAGAGAGACGUUGCAGGAGGAGAUUCUUGAGAAGAUUGAAGAGACAGCUCAAGAGAUCAGAAGCAGUAGGAGGACGAUCGAGGAAGGUCUGGAGAGGGUGAACAGCGCGAAAAUGGAAGAAGAGACACAAUGGCAGUGGUCAGAACGUAGGAGGAGAUCAUCUUCUUACAAAGGGAAGUACAAGAACAGGAGAGAGACGGUUCUGAUGGAUGUAAACGGUCUGGAUAUGAUGAUGAAUGGGGACGGGACAGCGUCUUCAGUUGCGGUCUUGAAACCAACGAUGUCUAUUGGGCAAAUACUCAGCAGGAAGCUACUUCUUGCGGAUGAGGCUGCGAUGAUGAUGAAUGGGAGAGUGUCGUUGGGUCAGAUUCUUGGGAAGACUAACGUGAAAGAAAGAAGUGGUGAAGGGAAGGAAAAAGAGAAGAGGGUCAAUGGGAAAAGGAAGAGGUUUGGAUUGGCUAAGUUAUCUGUGAUGUUGAACAAAGAAUGCAAGAACAAGAAGAAGAAGAUAGUUCUGAACUUGAAGUGAUGAAGUGAGUGAGUGACUGAAUUGAAAAUGGUCUAAUCUCUUAUCUUAGGAGUUGUGUUAUGAUGUGUUCGUGUAAGUCUCACUAUGUUAACAGUUGGUUUAUUGUGCUAAUAAUAAAUUCUGGUGUGUGAUCUGUUUUUUAACAGUAAUACAAUACGAGUGUUUUAAUUUA